GGAAAAGAGUACAAAAAACUGGCAGUCAAACUGAUUGGUUGUGUCUUCCAUCAUCUUCCAUAUCUUCAACGAUUGCGACUGCAGCUAGUGCCAGCAGUACGUCUUGGAAACAAGGCAGCUGCUGAAACUCAGUAGACGGUCAGAAGGCAACGCGUUAUGUAGCAAUGUGCACGGUAUGCAUGUCGUUUGCUAUACGGCUAUAGCUCAGCUACAAACACUGACAGCACAUGGCUUGUCAAAUCGCAUGCUCGAUCGUGGGAGUAUACAGUGCGGCAUAUGCUGUUUGCUGAGUUUUCAUCAAGUCCGCUGUAGCUACAGCAGACUGCAGCCAUUUUAAAAUGAGAUUCUACCACACACCCCUGAAAUUUGAAAUUACCGCAUGGCCAUUCAUCGAGUCAGCUUGUGGUAUAGAGUCUAGACCUCUUGAAAAUGGCCACAUGGCACUAGUCAAUCCAGGAAAUGCUUGUUUGGAUGCCAAGAGUAUGCUGCAGCUUCAGGAAAGAUGUCACAUGUGCCAUGAUUUCUCAACACCACAAAGCAAAUACACAUGCAAUACGCGUGCCGUACACGACAUAUCCACACCAGCCACACACACAAAAAUGCCCUCGAACGAAGUGGAGCCUGAAGGGCCUAGGAGGUCUACACGACCUCGAACAGCAUCUCAGAAAGCAUCUUAUGCUUCUGUUUCAACCUCAAGCGCUCUACCGGCACAAAAGAAGCCAGCGGCAAAAACCGCCAAAACAACAACAAUAACAACAACAACAACAACGACGCCAAAAGAAACCGUCACUGAGUCCGUCCAGGCAUCGCAAGAUGUGACCCCCGCACUUCUAUCGGCGGCACGGGAGGAGGUUGUUGCUCUGGAAGCAAAAUUCGAGGCAUUCGAGCGAGAGCACAACCUCAAAAUUGCUGCGAUGCUCGCAUCAAUUUCAAGGAUGGAAACGGCGAUCUGCCCGAAAAACAACACUGGUGCUGGCCCUCCAGUGGUUUCAACACCUGUCACAAAUGUGUUGAUCGCAGCCACACCCCCUUCAAGCCCACUGCCCGCGGUUUGUGUCUUGGAGUCUGUGAACUCUGGCAGAACUCCGUCCGGUAGUGGCCAAGACUGGGUGGAGAACCCAACACCUGUGGCUCCAUGGAAAGUCGUCCCAAGUCGACGACGCGACAUUCGGGCAUCAGCUCGGCAGCUGGGCCGUGACAACUGGCUCGUGCUACUUAAUGGGCCUCAACCCAAAUGCCCGAAUUACGCGGCGGACUUGCUCAUGCGCCAGCUGAACAUGGAGACGCAGCUUAAAGGUGCGGCCUGGGCUGGCCAAUUUGGAGGCGUGCUCUGUCUCAUGCCAGAAACGACAGGCGAUCGGGACAUGAUUAUGGCCUCGUUCGCUCGCUCCAAACGUCUGGGUGCCACGACUAAAGCAGAUUUACGCAAGUAUAAAAGUCUGUCUGAAUUGUGGAAGGAGCGACAAGCCACUCGUGCAUCACGAGGUCUGCAGUCAGAUGUUAUUCCACCUGCUCCGGAGCCUGCAACGCCUGUGAGCACGCCCAACUCGGUCGAGGAACCGACGUCACGCUCAACAGAAGCUGACCCAGACUUGGUCUCAGAGACUCAGUCCCCCUCGCCACCCAGUCCUCUGGAUGACGUUCGGCGAUCUGAACUCUGAAGCCUCGCCCCGGUGCCAAAAUCAAAUUCCAGAAUUACAAUCGGAUUCUGGAACGUCCAAGGCAACCUUCUG